AUGGUUGAGUCAAAUAAGAAACGGCGUAUCUCUGACGAGAGCCUCGCUCAAGAUACAGACGCCAAAAUGGAAGAAAUCACCAAGACCGACAAUCCAGAGGCCCCGGCCACCAAGACGAAGAGAACGCUCUUCGUUCGAUCGCUACCGACCUCCGCUACCACAGAGAGCCUGGCCGAGUUCUUCUCUCAGUCCUACGUUAUCAAGCACGCCACUGCUGUCAUCGACUCCAAGACGAAGUUGUGCAAAGGAUACGGUUUCGUUACAUUCGCCGAUCUUGAGGACGCCGAGAGCGCCCUGAAGGAGCUGAACGGAAAGAAGUUCGAGGGAAAGCAGAUUCGCGUCGACUACGCCCAGGCGCGUCAACGUGAAAUUGACGAGAAGCUCGGCAAGAGUGUUCCCUCUGCUGCUGGUAUCAAGCAGAAGCAGGAUCGUGCGGAUCAGAACGCCGAGAACCAGCCCCCAAACUCAUUUUAUGGAAAGGUCAAGUGGGCUACCCUCCCCAAGCGCAACAAUACGCUCGCUGGUUUCGGGUUUGUCAUUAUCCGCGGUAAGAAGAAUGCGGAGAAGGCGGUCCGAGAAGUGAACGGAAAAGAGAUCGAUGGCCGUCAACUGGCUGUUGAUUGGGCGGUCGACAAAGAGGUCUGGGAGAAGCAGCAGGAGGGCGAGGAGAAGGAAGAGAAGAAGGAAGACAAGGACGUGGACAUGGAGGACAAAGAAGAUAUGGAGACUUCUGCGGAAGAUCCCGACGAUGUAACCUCAUCAGAGGGAGAAGACGAUGAGGAUGAAGAUGAGGAAUCCGACGAGGAUGAGGAUAUGGAAGGGUUGGAGGAUCUAGACGACGAGGAGGAUGACGAGACAGAGAAGAAGCCCGAUGACCGCGACGCAUGCACAAUCUUCCUUCGCAACCUUCCCUUCACCUGCGACGACGAAGCACUCUACGAACACUUCAAACAAUUCGGGCCUUUGCGCUAUGCCCGUAUCGUCGUGGACCACGAGACUGGAAGACCCCGUGGCACUGGAUUUGUGUGCUUCUGGAAGCCCGAGGAUGCAUUCGCCUGUACCCGUGAAGCCCCGAAGACACAAGAAAUGCCCAUCGGAGACAAGCAGCGUCCCAACCCUAUGAUGAAGCACUCCGUUCUGCAAAACGAUAACUCCGAUCCUAGCGGACGGUACACUCUAGAUGGCCGAGUUCUCCAAGUGGCUCGCGCCGUUAACAAGCGUGAGGCUACAAAGCUCGAAGAAGAGGGCGUCUCUCGCCGCCUUGUUCGUGACAAGGAUAAGCGUCGUCUCUACCUGCUGGGCGAGGGUACUAUUCCCUCGAACUCUCCGCUGUACAAGAAGCUCUCUCCCUCCGAAAUCAAGAUGCGCGAGGAGAGCUGCAAGCAGCGUGAGGCCGUCAUCAAGAAGAAUCCCGCUCUGCACCUGAGUCUGACCCGUCUUGCUAUUCGAAACAUCCCCCGCCACAUCACCUCUAAGGAUCUCAAGCAACUUGCUCGUCAGGCCGUCGUUGGCUUCGCGACAGACGUCAAGGCCGAGAAGCGUCAACCCCUGUCUAAGGAAGAGCAGCAACGAUCCAGAGAGACCAUGAAGGAACUCGACUACGAGAGAAAGGCGAACAAGCAGGGUAUUGUGCGCCAGGCUAAGAUUGUUUACGAGACUCGUGAGGGCACCAAGGUUCCUGAGAAGGGCGGCGGUGGUCGCAGCCGUGGUUACGGUUUCAUUGAAUACGUUACCCACCGACACGCGCUCAUGGGUCUCCGCUGGCUCAACUGCCACCCCGUUGAGAUUCCUGCCAACCCCGAUAACGAGGAGCGCGACACGAAGAAGCGCCUGAUUGUCGAAUUCGCCAUUGACAACGCACAGGUUAUCAAACGUCGCCAAGAAUUGCAAGAACAGGAGAAGGAGAAGCUCAAGGCUAAGGAGGAAAAGAAGGCCAAGGAAGAGGCGGAGGCUAGGGAGGAGGCAGCGGCGAAUAAGGGCACCAAGCGGAAGCAUUCUCAAACUCGCGAUGGCAAGGGUAUGGGUAAGGGUCAGGAGGCCGAGGAUGAAGAGGAGGAUGAGGAAGAGAACAAGAUUGCCAAACGCAACCGCAUUAUCGCCAAGAAGCGCGCGCAACGGAAGGGUCGCAAGGGCCGGUAG